AUGCCGUCUGAUGCCAAAAAACGUGAACAGCAGCGCAAAAAGGAAGCAGCAAAGGCUAGACAAGGUGGAAAGAAAACUGAGAAGCCUCAGAAAGAAGAUCAAGAGCAGGAACAAGAACAGAUUGAAACUAAAACUAAUGGAGUAAAUGGGGUAUCCAAUGGAUCUGUUGAACUAAGUCCUGAAGAGGCUCUUUGCGCUAAGUUAGAGUCUGACGCUAGACUGAACGCGGAAGCUAGAUCGUGUACGGGCUCUCUGGCAGUCCAUCCGAAAUCGAGAGACGUCAAAAUAGCGACGUUCUCGAUAACCUUCCAUGGUUGUGAGAUGCUGCAAGACGCCACCUUGGAGUUGAAUUGCGGCAGGCGGUACGGCCUUCUAGGCCUCAACGGCAGCGGUAAAUCUACUAUACUCUCGGUGCUGGGCAACAGGGAAGUGCCCAUUCCAGAGCACAUCGACAUCUUCCAUCUGACCAGAGAGAUGCCCGCAUCGGACAAGAGUGCGCUGCAAUGUGUAAUGGAAGUGGACGAAGAAAGAGUGAGGUUGGAGAAACUGGCCGAAACGCUGGUGGCCUGCGAAGACGACGAAUCUCAGGAGCAGCUGAUGGACAUCUACGAGCGACUGGACGACAUGUCUGCCGAUACGGCUGAAGCUCGCGCAGCCAACAUUCUGCACGGUUUGGGAUUCGAUCGGGACAUGCAGAGGAAGAAGACCAAGGACUUCAGCGGAGGUUGGAGGAUGAGGAUAGCACUGGCUAGAGCAUUGUACGUGAAGCCCCAUCUGUUGUUGCUCGACGAGCCAACCAAUCAUCUGGACUUGGAUGCUUGUGUAUGGUUGGAAGAAGAACUCAGAAAUUAUAAGCGAAUUCUGGUGCUGAUUUCUCACUCACAAGAUUUUCUCAACGGCGUCUGUACCAACAUAAUACAUAUUAAUAAAAAAAGGCUCAAAUAUUACACUGGUAAUUAUGAUGCAUUUGUUAAAACCAGAAUGGAACAUUUGGAGAACCAGAUGAAACAGUACAAUUGGGAACAAGAUCAGAUCAAUCAUAUGAAGAACUACAUCGCCAGAUUCGGCCACGGAUCUGCCAAGCUGGCCCGCCAGGCGCAAUCCAAAGAAAAAACCCUGGCCAAGAUGGUGGCGCAAGGCCUCACGGAGAAAGUGAGCAGCGACAAGCUGGUGACGUUCUACUUCCCCAGCUGCGGCACCGUCCCGCCUCCUGUCAUCAUGGUGCAGAACGUCAGCUUCAGGUACGACGACACCACGCCGUGGAUCUACAGGAAUCUGGAGUUUGGUAUCGAUUUGGACACAAGGUUGGCGCUGGUAGGGCCGAACGGGGCCGGCAAAAGUACUUUGCUGAAGUUGCUGUAUGGAGAGUUGACCCCCACCGAGGGCAUGAUCAGGAAGAAUUCUCAUCUGCGCAUAGCGAGGUACCACCAGCAUCUUCACGAGCUGCUCGAUCUCGAUCUGUCGCCUCUCGAAUACAUGCUGAAGGAGUUCCCGCAGGUCAAAGAGAAAGAGGAGAUGAGGAAGAUCAUCGGACGGUACGGACUCACCGGAAGGCAACAGGUGUGCCCCAUCAGACAACUGUCGGACGGCCAAAGAUGCAGGGUCGUAUUCGCGUGGCUGGCUUGGCAAACGCCCCACCUGCUGCUGCUGGACGAACCCACCAAUCACUUGGACAUGGAGACGAUCGACGCUCUCGCCGAAGCCAUCAACGACUUCGAUGGCGGGAUGGUGCUCGUCAGUCACGACUUCAGGUUGAUCAGUCAGGUGGCUGAAGAAAUUUGGGUAUGUGAAAAGGAGGCAUGUACAAAGUGGCGGGGCGACAUCUUGUCCUACAAAGAUCAUUUGAAAACGAAGAUUCUCAAAGAUGCAGCCAAACGAAAAUGA